AGUCACUGUCGCUGGCCGGGCAAGGGGCAUUGGGUAGACCAGCUGCCUCCAAAGCCCCCUGAUCCAGUGUGGAAGUGGUGAAGGGUUCCUGAUGCUCCGGAUUUGUCGUGUGCUCUGCUCCCGAGCUGGCCCCUCCCCGGGGGGCUGGCAGCCCCUCAGCUUUGAUGGUGGGGCCUUCCACCUCAAGGGCACGGGAGAACUGACCCGGGCUUUGCUGGUGCUACGGCUGUGUGCCUGGCCGCCUCUGGUCACCCACGGCCUGGCGCUCCAAGCCUGGUCUCAGCGACUCCUGGGCUCCCGGCUCUCGGGUGCGCUUCUCCGAGCAUCCAUCUACGGGCAGUUUGUGGCUGGUGAGACUGCCGAGGAGGUGAGGGGCUGUGUCCUACAGCUCCAGAACCUAGGACUGCGGCCUCUGCUGGCAGUGCCCACUGAGGAGGAGCCAGACUCGGCUGUCAAGACGGGCGAGGCCUGGUAUGAAGGGAACCUCAGCGCGAUGCUGCGAUGCGUGGACCUGUCACGAGGCCUCCUGGAGACCCCUGACCCGACGGGAACCGCCCUGAUGCAGCUGAAGAUGACGGCGCUGAUGAGCACUCGGCUCUGUAAGCAGCUCACCUCGUGGGUCCGAAGGCCAGGGGAUUCUUUGGAGCUGAGCCCUGAGAGGCUGGCAGAAGCCAUGGACUCUGGACAGGACCUCCGGGUCUCCUGCCUCAACACGGAGCAAACAAGACAUCUCCAGGCCUCCCUGAGUCGCUUGCACCGGGUGGUACAGCACGCCCGGGCCCAGCACGUGAGGCUCCUGGUGGAUGCUGAGUACACCUCCCUGAACCCGGCACUCUCUCUGCUGGUGGCUGCCCUGGCCACGCGCUGGAACAGCUCCGGGGAAGGCGGGCCCUGGGUGUGGAACACUUACCAGGCCUAUCUGAAGGACACCUACGAGCGGCUGAGGCGGGACGCUGAGGCCGCAGACAGGGCUGGCCUGGCCUUUGGGGUGAAGCUGGUACGAGGGGCGUAUCUGGACAAGGAGAGAGAGAUGGCCCGGCUCCAGGAAACCGAAGAUCCCACUCAGCCUGACUAUGAGGCUACCAGUCAGAGUUACAGCCGCUGUCUGGAGCUGAUGCUGACCCAGGUGUCCCAUCGUGGCCCCAUGUGCCACCUCAUGGUGGCUUCCCAUAAUGAGGACUCUGUUCGCCAAGCAACCAAGCGCAUGUGGGAGCUGGGCAUUCCUCCAGAUGGGCCAGUCUGCUUUGGACAACUUCUGGGGAUGUGUGACCAUGUCUCCUUGGCACUGGGGCAGGCUGGCUAUGCUGUGUACAAGUCCAUCCCCUAUGGCUCCCUGGAGGAGGUGAUCCCUUACCUGAUCCGGAGGGCCCAGGAGAACCGAAGUGUACUACGGGGUGCCCGCAGGGAACAGGAGCUGCUCAGCCAAGAACUUCGGCGGAGGCUGCUGGGGCGGGGCCUGAGGGUAUCCCCCCAUUAGCACCCUCAGGAGUCACGUGGUGAAUAAAGUUCUUGAGCUAUUGCCCAGGCAGCUGCUUUGCA